AUGCACGUCGAGGUUUCUAUUGCCGUCAAUUACUUGCUGUCUCAUCUUUACACAAAAUUGCCCCGACGUCGAGUGGAUAAUUUUGGAGAGGAACUAGAACGGUGCCUCCUUAGGAAACUGCAAACUCAUUGGUUCACUGAUAAUGCCAGUCAGGAAGGUUCACACAGAUACUUUCAAACUAGUGGCCCCCAAGCUGAUUUCAUAUUUGCGGAGGCCGCAAUUUCAAGUGGUCUUGACUGGAGCGAAAUUCAGGCAUGCCUUCCAGCAGGUCUAGUCAUCUCCAUUGAUCCUGGACACGUCGCCUGUCAAUAUGGAUCUAAUGAGUGCUCGACAGCGAUUUCGAAUUCCGCCUGGGGAGGCAGUGGCUUCAAUUCUGCCAGCCUGUCGUCUUCUGGGUGUUCUUCGGCUUCGUCCGUCUCCUCGAAUGGAUCUUCCGGCUCGUGGUCGAAGACCAAGCAUCAGGUUCUUUAUUCUGUCAAUCCCAGAAGUGUUCAUCCACAUCAGUUGGCUGGUGAGAAGGAUGCAGACGCACCUCCGACCGAGGUGAAAAAGCACUUGGAUGAUGCUCAAAAACAUUUGGCCACCGAAGCUGCUCUCAGCGUCUUGACGGAGCCCGAGGAGCUUCAGUCCACUCAGAACGGUGAAUUCCCCCACGUACCAGAUCAUCCAGCUUCCCGAAACAACAACGAGUCCAUCUCUGGCGUAGGCGACUCACAUGACCUUCUAGACAAGACAGCCAGCCAGGUCAGCAGUGUCAAGAACUCCAGUCUUAGUUCAACAGAUCCCACUGGUGAUGGCAGCUACUUCGAGCACAUGAGCAACGACUCUCAAGCCAAAUCGGACAUCGAAAACCAAUACCCCUUUAGCGGAUUCCACCCCAAAGGUCUUCGGCAUGUGGAUGGGACAGGAGAGCAGGAUCUGCAACAAUUUGAUCUCCAUGGCAACCAGAUCCACCAAUCGCAGCAUACACAGCCGCCCUUUAACCAGCCAAACCCCAAUUUCAUCCAGAGGUCCACCUCAACGCCAAGUUUCACAGCGGCGACCUUUGCUGCCACCAAGUUUGGAUCAACGAAGCUCAAGAGUCAGGCCAAGAGACCGCAUCGCCUUGUAUCGCCGUGUGAUGCUCCAGUAUCUGGUUACCCCUCACAACUGCUUGAGGCUAUUGGUCAGUCUUCGAUUCCAUCCAAUCAGAUGCCAAUGUGUGACCGUUUAGUGCGUCUGAACGAAAUGCAUCGUAAUCCCAUCUAUGGUGGGCAUGGAUUCGGAGCAACCGGCCUGGAAUCAAAUCGAGCCAAUUUCUUUGGAAACUACACCCCGACUCUGUCUGCGGUCCAGCAGCUUGAUCGUCCGUGCGACGCCUCCUACGGUAGCGGUUACCCGUGUGGCUUCCUCGACAACUCCUCAAGCACGGGCCUCUAUGGAACCUCUGACAACACCGGUCUUACUGCCAGCGGCUAUGUUGUGCGUUCGAGCAAUCCGGCUAACAAUCCAGUGUGGUCGCAGUUUGAGAAGAUCCGUAAUGAAUUCCAGUUGAAGAAUAGUCAGUACAUUCAGCAGCAACAACAGCAGCAGCAACAACAACAGGAAACAGCAGGUUUGCUCAACAGAUCCCCUGGAUAUCCUUUCACGGACACAACAAGAAACGCUGCAUACAACGCAGUUACCAGAAGCGCACUUCAACAGGACUAUUUGGCUUCGAUUAAUCCGAAGUCCUUAGUUGAUGGAAAGUAUGGAAUUGGCGAGAACUUGGCUCUUAAUCAGGACAUACAUGACCUGUUGGCGUCUCAGAAAUUCGUCCCAAACAGCGGGAGCAGCUUUUGCUGGUCCCAGGAUUUGAAUAAAUCGCCAAUAGAUGCGUCUCUGGGUCAGGCAUUUAAUGCUCUCAACAUUUCCGAGCGUUAG